AUGGAAUCAACUGAUCAAACACCCAUUUCUACUCAACAAACAAUUGCAACUACUGGUGUCGUCUCAACCCCCAUCUACAGAGAACCCCACAUUCUUGACCGUGAACCUCACAUCCAUCUUGCAACACCAUUUGAGAAGCCUGGGGUAUUGUGCGAAUCGCUGGUGGAUUUCGAAAAUAUGAAGAGAAAUGGCAUAGACCUCACUGAGGAGUUAAGAAUGCAAGGGUGGGAAACCUACUUUCAGAGACUCUAUGGUCCGGUGUACACAUAUCUGGUGAAGGAGUUCUGGAGUUUCACAAACUCAGAUGAUCACUAUAUCGUCUCUCACGUUCUGGGAGUCAAAAUAGUCAUCACUGAGAAAUCAAUAGCCUCCCUUCUGAAUAUGGAAAAGACAGGAGGAAGAAGAAUCUACAACAUCAAUCCUAGGGCAAAAUACUUGUCCCAAGAAAUAGCCCCCACCAUUUCUCAACAGAACGCUGAGGGCAAACACUCCAAGAACAAAGAACUUCAUCAGAAUCUCCACGUCUUGCUGAAGAUCAUCCUGGGCACCAUCCAUCACCGCCCUGCAUCAAACUCUUCUGACUACAUCAACAUGGAUCAGAAGUUCAUCCUUUACUGCAUCCACAAGGGGCUGAAACUGAAUCUGCCAGCAUUGCUCUUCAAGUAUCUCAGAGAUUUUGUCAAAGAUACCAUAAAUAAUAUGACGCCCAGAACCUACAUUCCUCUGGGAAGACUUAUCUCAGAUGUUCUGAUCGAGAGUGGAUUGGUGGAUCAUUUGAUUCGUCACAAUCUGAUGGAAGAUAUCACUGUUGACACUGGAAGACCUCUGAAUGCUCGAAAUUUGAAAAGUAUGGGGGUAAUUGAGCAAGUCAGAGCUAAACCAACUCUAGACACUUCCUGGGAAGCACUGAAGGACCAGAGGAAGAUUCCCAACAGUCUCUACCUCUUCUCCAAGAUUGACCCUCCAGAAGUGGUGGCUCACUAUCUACAAGAUCUUGCAAACCAAGGGGUGGAAAUUUCUGAGUUCUUAGUGGACUGGCUACCUGAGCGUCCACCAAAUUUCAUGAAGAGACAACGGGAGCCAUCUAGAAAGUCCAAGAAGGAAAAGAAGGCAAAGUUGGGAGAAACUUUUGGGUCAAGACCUCCAGUCCCUCUGGCUGAUUCUCCAAGUAAGUAUAUACCUCAUUCUCACUCUGUUAAGUUAAAUCCUAUUGCUUUUUCUAUCCCCCAAAACACUCUCAUCUACACCCCAUCAAAAACACCUCCCUCAAUCACCAGAACUUCUAACCCACCAUCCCUCAAAUCCAAUCUCGCAACCACUACCCUACCUGUUUUUGAAGCAGAAAUGCUGAACGAAACCACCUCACCAUCAUAUUCCUCCCCACCAUACUAUAUUCUCUCAUCAAACAACGAACCAUCUGACCCCCAAUCCCCCACUCUAGCUCAACUUCAGGCACGUGCUCUGGCCUCACAACAGCCAUCACAACAUGAACUUGAACCUGAAGUCACCUCUCCACCCCCUGAACAACAAAAUCCACCUCCAUCUGAUCAACCUCAAACACCAGCCCCUGAACAACAAACUAACUCACCUCCUGAACAACCAAUACCUUCACCAUCUGAACAUCAACCAAAUCCACAACCUGAACAAACAACAACACCUCCCUCUGAUAUUCCCCUGCCACCAACCUCUGAUGCCAUCAUCACUCCCACUCACGAUCCCGCUGACACCAAUCCAACUCCACCAUCCUCCCCAUCCUCUAACUUUGAACCAGAAAUUACCUUCCCCAUAUUAGAAGAAGCAAUAACUUUAUUUGCAGAGUCUUCAGUGGAGAAGAUCAAGUCUCUGUCUGUCAACUUUGGCAUCAGUGAUGAUCCCUCUGCAGCUCGCUUUGCCAAAGAGGCUGAGGAAAAGGCCAGGAAGGAAGCAGAAGAGAAAGCUCACCUGGAAGAAGAGCAAAGGAUCAGAGAAGUUGAAGAAAAGGUUGUUGCUGAAGUUGCUGCUGCGGCAGCUGCUCCUGAGGCUGAGGCACAAGCAAAAGCCGAAGUUGAAGAAGCGGAACGCAUUACUACAGAAGAAGCUGCCAAGGCCAGUGUUGAUGCUUUGACUCAGGGGGAGCAAUCUAACUCUGGUUUUGCCCCUCUGGUCUUAAAGACUCUGGAGGAACUGCAAAAGGAACAACAAGUGGUAUGA